UGGUGGACGCCUUUGAGUUGCAAUCGCAUGGCCCGUUUCUGGUUUAUGGCGAGAACAUACUGGAGCUGAUGGCUGGCGAAUGGGAGAACUAUCGGCAGGCCAAGCAGAGCUCGGCCCGCAAGAAGGCCCCGCCCACCACGAGGACGGGCAGCAGCAGCAAAUUGAUGAUGCCACCGCCGACUGCCGGUUCAACGGCCCCUCGCACGCCCCGAACUUUGAAGAUCAUGUCCUCAAUGUCACCCUCGACAAUGUCGUUGCGCAAGACCCCAACAAUCCAGCUGAUCACUCCCAAUAUGACCAAGAGCACUGGGAAUCUGCACAAGCGACUGAAUCCAUCAGCAGCCGCCAGCUCUUCGGGGUAUCGGACUCCCAACGCCAAGCGCAGCCUCAUGAGCUCUCUGAAUUCGAUACGCCCGUCGCCGUCUACCGCACAGCGGCUGGCCAACAGCCAGCUGAAGGCGUCCAAGUCGCCACUAAAGCGGGUCCGCGUCCUGGACAACACAUUGCGUCGCAGCGGGGGAUUGGGCAGACGCAGCAUUGGCACACGCUCGAACAAGAAGCCACGUACAAAAUCAGCGGUGCCGGAUACAAGAUCGCCCAGCGAUUCCGAGUAUAUGACCGAUGAGACCACUGAAAAUGACCGCGAAGCCGGGAUCUCCUAUGAAGAAUUGGUGCCCACGAGUCGCUCCUCAGUGCUGCCCGUCGGCGGGGCUCAGCAUCAGCGCAAUCGCGUGGCUGUGCCACGAAUUCGCCAUGUCCUCGUAAACCACAAUUCGGUGGCGUCGGCCGCCAACACACCGUCAAAGCAGGCGGUCAAUCAGGAGGAGAGGCCUCGAUUUGGCAAUCAAUUGAAGCUCCCAUCGCCACGUGAAAGUCGCAUGUGGUCGAAU